AUGGCCUCAGAUCUGAGCGAGUUGUCUCUGGGAUCAACCAUGAAGACCACUUUCCCGAAUCCAGACGACAUCCUAAACUUCACGCUUACUAUCGAACCCGACGAAGGCAUGUAUAAGGGCGGGAGCUUCGUCUUUACUUUCUCCAUCAACCAGAACUUUCCGCACGAUCCGCCCAAGGUCAAGUGCACGCAGAAGAUCUAUCAUCCCAAUAUCGACCUAGAAGGCAAUGUCUGCUUGAACAUCCUGAGGGAAGAUUGGAAACCGGUGUUGAAUCUAAAUGCGGUCAUUGUAGGCAUGCAGUUCCUCUUCCUCGAGCCCAACGCAUCCGACCCUCUCAACAAGGAGGCCGCCGAGGAUCUUAGAAACAACAGAGAGGGGUUCAGGAGGAACGCGAGAACAGCCAUGAGCGGGGGGACAGUGAAAGGUGUAAGCUACGACCGAGUCCUUCGAUGA